AUGCACGCGAAGUCGGAUUCGGAGGUGACGAGCGUGGAGCAGUCGACGCCGCCGCGAUCUCCGCGCAGGCCGAUUUACUACGUGCAGAGCCCGUCAAACCACGACGUGGAGAAGAUGUCGUACGGCUCGAGCCCGGCCGGGUCGCCGGCGCACCACUUCUACCACUGCUCGCCCAUCCACCACUCGCGCGAGUCCUCCACGUCCCGCUUCUCCGCCUCGCUUAAGAACCCCCGCAGCCUCUCCGCCUGGCGGAAGCUGCAGCGUGGCGAGGAGGUCGAAGAAUCCGACGACGACGACGACGAAAAUGGCACCGCUUUCGGGAAAGGAGGCCCCGGCCGCAGCGUCAGGUUGUACUUCUGCUUCGCGCUGCUGUUCGUUGUACUCUUCACGGCGUUCUCGCUGAUCCUGUGGGGCGCCAGCAAGGCUUAUGAGCCGCAGGUCAUCGUCAAGAGUAUUGUGUUCGAGAGUUUUGAAAUACAGGCGGGGAGCGACAGGACGGGGGUGCCGACGGAUAUGCUGUCGUUGAAUUCGACGGUCAGGAUUCAUUACAGAAAUCCGGCGACAUUCUUCGGCGUUCACGUCACGUCGACGCCGCUGGAGCUUCACUACUACCAGCUCAAAGUGGCGUCCGGACAGAUUGAAAACUUUUACCAAGCAAGGAAGACGCAUCGGACAAUAAGGACAGUGGUGCUAGGGUCCCAAGUGGCUCUUUAUGGUGGAGUUUCAGUUGUUCAAGAUGUUAGCGAAAAUCGCCAGAGACAGAGAGUGGCCGUGCCGCUGAAUCUGACGUUCGUUGUGAGGUCAAGAGCCUACAUUCUGGGAAAACUAGUGAAGUCCAAGUUUUAUGAGAGAAUCAGAUGCUCUGUCACUCUUAGAGGCAGCAAUCUAGGCAAGCACUCUAAUUUGACAAAUUCUUGUGUCUACGAAUGA